UGUGUCAAAUUUCUGGUUCGGUUGUUAAACUCUCCUUGCUUUACAUCUUUUUGUUUCUUUGAAAGAAGAAGACUCUCUCUCUCUCUCUGUGGAAGAAGAAGAAGAUGUCAGGUGUGGAACAGCGUUUUAGAGGGCCAUCCUUCCUUCAGGGGGCGUUGGAUAGGUUUUCCUCUCCGGAGUUACGGGACUUCAUUCGCCGAUGGAAGAUAAACUUGGAGGAAGUGGAGUCACUGAAGCGGACGUCAGCAAGGAUUCAUUACGUAUCUGAUGAAGCUGAAGUGAAGCAGUUCACUAAUGAUGCUGUCAAACUUUGGCUCAAUCACCUCAAACAAUUAUUCUAUGAUGCCGAAGACAUCCUCGAUGACUAUGCCACUGAAAUUCUACGCCUUAAAUUGGAAUCUAACUCUCAUCACCAAACCCAACAACAGUCUGAUGGUACAGAAUCUGCGGAUAAGGACAUCAAUGAAACUUCAGAAGGCAUUGAUCAGCCUAAGGUUUUUAACAUGGCCGAAGAGCUGCAGGGAAUUAAAAGGUUUGGAUCAAAAGUGAGGGAUAUACACGAGAAGUUAAAAAGUGUAGAACAAGAAGGUGCUGCUCUAGGAUUAAUGAACUCGAGCAUCGGAUCUGGGUCCUCAAGGUCAUCCAGUGAAAGGCCACAGACAAGUUCUUUGGUGAAUAGUACUAAUGUUUUUGGCAGAGACGAAGAUAAGUGGGAGAUUGUUAAAUGGUUGUUAUCUGACAAAACUCCAAGCCCCAAUGACUAUGAUAAUAGUUUCUCAGUGCUGCCCAUCGUGGGCAUGGGUGGACUUGGCAAGACCACCCUUGCUCAACUUGUUUACAACGAUGAGAAAGUUGACAAGUAUUUUCAGCUCAAAGCUUGGGUCUGCAUAUCAGAAGAUUUUGAUGUCAUGAGAUUAACUAAAGAAAUUCACGACUCAGCCACUAAGUCAUCAUCACCUCCUUCUGAUUCAUUGGAUGUGUUACAGGUGAAACUUAAAGAAGUUUUGAGCAAUAAAAGAUUCUUAUUGGUUUUGGAUGAUAUGUGGAACGAGGACUAUGAGAAAUGGGAUGCCUUAAAGACUCCUUUUGCAUUCGGUAAACUAGGAAGCAAGAUAUUGAUCACAACUCGGAACAAAGGCAUUGCAUCAAUGGUGCGCACUACAGAGAAUGAUCAUCAUCUAAAAGGUUUGUCAAACGAGGCUUGUUUUGAACUGAUCAGAAGGCACGCUUUUAAAGAAGGAGAUUCAACCGAAGCAAAUCAAAAGAUGACAGUAUUUGGAGAAGAAAUUGUGAAAAAAUGUAAGAGUUUACCUUUGGCUAUAAAGACACUUGCCAGCCUCUUGAAAGAUAAAAAGGAAAACAGUGAAUGGAAAGAUAUUCUGGAGAAUGAAAUAUGGGAUUUAAAAGAGAAUAAAAUCCUUCCUUCACUCAUGUUGAGCUAUCAUCAUCUUUCACCGAUUCUGAAGAGAUGCUUUACAUAUUGUGCUUUGUUUCCCAAGGAUUACGUAUUUAACAAGAUCGAAUUAGUCAUUUUGUGGAUGGCGGAAGGUAUUGUUCAGCCAAUACCAAAAGGAAAGAAACGGGUGGAAGAUAUAGGGGCUGCGUAUUUCGAUGAACUAUUUAUGAGGUCCUUCCUUGAGUUAUCUUAUCGUCCUCCUUACAAUAUAACAUCCCAUAUUCUAUCAAAUUCAAUUUAUGUUAUUGAUAAGGAGUUCCAUGAGUUAUCAAAAGCAUUUCACAUAAGGUCAUUUUUUGAGACAUCCAGUAACACAGGAUCAGAAUUUGUGAUGCAUGAUCUGAUCCAUGACUUGGCAGAAUUUGUUUCCGAUGGAAUAUAUUGUAGGAGUGAAGAGUAUGAUAAGACAUCCGAAGUUGUUACAACAACAACCCGUCAUUUGUCCUACCUUGUGGAAUAUUGUAAUGUUGAAGCAACAGAACUUGAGGCCAUGAAUUUACGCACUCUUCUAGAACUGAAAGUACAUUAUGUUGGUUCCCCUAACCAAUUUUUACCCACCAUGCAAUUCCAAUUCCUGCGGGUGCUACGUUUAAGAAAGUAUGGAAAAUUUGAGUUGCCAGAUUCAAUUGGCAAGUUGAAACAUUUAAGGCUUCUUGAUCUCUCAAAUUCUAUGGUUACAAAGUUACCGAAUUCAAUUGCAAGUCUUUACAAUCUACAAACAUUGAUCUUAAUUGGUUGUGUACUUCUUCGAGAGUAUCCUGAAGAGAUGGAUAACCUCAUAAACCUUCGUCAUCUUUUUCUCCCUGUAUGGUCAUUAGAGGAGGAUUCCUAUGAAAUGGCAUUAAGAGUGGAUAACUUUACUAGUCUUCAGACAUUGAGCACAUUCAUUGUGGGGUCAAAAAAAAUUGGUAGCGAGUUGAGGUGGCCCCAACAACUUCAUGGCAGUCUGGACAUUUCAAAUUUGGAAAAUGUUGGCUAUGAGAACGAGACAAAAGCCAUAGUGAACAAUUUAAAGAAUAACACACACCUUCUUGGGCUACGAUUGCGGUGGAGUGCUUAUAAAGACAAGGAUAAUUUUUCUGAUUUGGGAAGAGAUGAAAAAGUAGAGGAAGAUGUACUUGAGCAAUUACAGCCUCCUACAAAUCUUGAAGCAUUAUGGAUUCAAAACUAUGGUGGUACGAGAUUCCCAAGCUGGAUAGAGCAUUCUUCAUUCUCUAAUUUAGAGACCGUGAGUCUCAUUAAUUGUCGCAAAUGCAGGUCCCUACCUUAUCUUGGAACAUUGCCCUUACUCAAGCACCUAGUGAUCUAUGGCUGCAAUGCUAUAAUAAUUGUGGGAAGUGAAUUAUGUGGGAAUGGUUCAUCAUCAUCAACUAAUAAGCAAUUUCGAUCAUUGGAAACAUUAUUUAUUGAAGGGAUAGAGGAGUGGGAAGAGUGGAUUGAAGUGGUUGAAGAAGAAGAAGAAGGUGGAGGACAAUUCCCUUGCCUCCGCAAGCUGAGUAUAAGGGGUUGUCACAAGCUAAAGAUGUUCUCUCAACGCCUCCCUAUCUUGGUGGAACUGGAAAUAAGAUAUUGUAAUGACCUAAGUGAACUACCACAGUUUCUUCCUUCAUUACGACGACUCACUAUCUUUAGAUGUCCAAAAUUAGUGGUGGUUCCGAGUCUUCCAUCAUCCAUUGAGAGUUUGUAUCUGUCAAAAUGUGACCUCAUAACAACAUUGCCUGAAUCUGACCGCCCAUCAUCAUCAGCCCCUUGUGUAAAUAAUUCAUUCUCUUGUCUCCAAGGACUUGAAAUCACAAAUUGCCCUGCUCUUGUGACCUUCCCACAAACAAUGUUUUCCACUACGCUUCAAAAAUUAAAGAUCAUUGAUUGCAAGAAUUUAGAGUCCUUGCCCACGCCGGGAUUACUACACAAUUUCACUUCCCUCCAUUCACUAGCACUUUGUAACAUAAACUUCCUACCGGAUGGACUGCACAAACUCACUUCCCUCCAUGAACUUGAAAUCACAAGUUCCCCUGCUCUUGUGACCUUCCCAGAUAUAAGGUUAUUCACUGCACUUCGAGAAUUGAGGAUCCGAGAUUGCAAGAACCUAGAGUCCUUGGCCAUGGGAGUAUCUGAUGGACUGCUCAAACUCACGUCCCUUUACUAUGUAGAAAUCGAAGAAUGCCCUGCCCUUGAGUUCUUUCCAGAUAUGGGGUUACCCACCUCGCUUUUGUACCUAUCGAUUCAAAAAUGUGGGAAACUGAAGUUUUCGCCCAAGGAGCUGCACAAACUCACAGAACUUCGUGGCCUGAGGAUCGUGGAAUGCUCUUCUCUCAUGGAUUGCACGAAUCAAGAACCCCUCCUCUACUGUUUGUUUCAUAAUCUCACCACUCUUCGAUCUCUCACUAUUGGUGGAUGUCCUGAUCUUGUUUCCAUUCCAAAAAGCAUGUUUCCCACCAAUCUUAGGGAUUUGGCCAUUAUGGACUGCCCAAUUCUUGAAUCCGUACACAACGGACUCUCUGACGUUACUUCUCUUGAAAGACUGCGGAUCCACAAUUGUCCAAUACUAGCACAACGGUGCCGAGAUAAGGAAGGAGAAGAGUGGUCCAAGCUUUCCCAAUUCAAAAUCUUUCGUAUAUUGAUAGAUGAAGAAAGGGUCUUGACAUGGGUUUCCGCGAACACUCUCGGCCGCAACGCCUAAGCUUCAGGUGAGGGUUUUUCAGGUUCUGAGGAACCAAAGACCACAAAACAAAAUGUUUACUUUGGUGGAUCCUUGAUUGAUGCUAAUAGUAUGUGAGGUCAAGGAAGAGCCUUUAGAACUUGUGGGAAUUCUUUUGAAAGUGGUACAUGCGGAGAAGGAGGGGUCCUUUGAACUACUAGAUGAAGAUAGAAAAGUCACGAAUGAAUAGGAUUUUGUGUUGGAGCUUUCAAAGGGAAGCUCUGCUCUUUCAGCACAGGAUACUGGAGCCACUGUCCAAAUGCAGAGGAAGUCAAGCAGGCUUUUGGACACUGCGGGGGAAUUCAACCUCGAAGAUCAAAAAAAAAGUCCACUCUUUGGAAAAUGGGAAACUGUAAUUUCACGAGUCCUCGAUCUCUCACCAUUGGCGGAUAUCCUGCUCCCAUGUCCAUUCCGAAGACCAUGUUUCCCACCAACCUUAGAUCCAGAAUUGUCCAAUGCUAGAAAAAUGAUGCCAAGAGAAGGAAGGGGAAGUGUGAUCCAAGGUUUCUCAAAUCCUUGAAGUAACAAUAGAUAGCCAAAUUCAAUAAGGCCCAACCACUUUAAGUGAGGUAAUUUUCUUCUACAGAAUUGUAUGAUUUCUGUUGUUACUUUAUGUUAUGCCAUGUUUAUUAAUUUAAUUUCUCUUCUUUGGGGGAUGACGAGAUAUGAAGAGCAUGAUUCAAUGACACUACAGACAUACAGGGCAGAUCAUUAUUAUUAUGGGAUUUUUUAUGGAUGGAAUGCUUGUCUUCGAAAAUACUCAUCAACCAUGCAGGCAUGGCAGCGUCUAGUGGAUGUCAGAGCGGUUAACCUAAGCAUCGACUUCAGCCUUGACAACUUUUACUGGCUGUGAAGUAUGUAUCUACUACUAGUGGGGUACCCUUUCAGUAUUUUACUCUAUCUUCUUCUUCUUGUUUAACUUUCUAUAAUUUUGAAUGCCAAAAAGCUUUUGUUC